GGGAGAGAGAGAUGGAAGGGGAGGACAAGGGUAGUGUCUGCGUAAUUGGUGGCACAGGAUAUGUUGCAUCAUGGCUGAUCAUGAGACUCCUUCAGAGUGGUUAUACAGUUCGGACCACCGUUAGAUCUUACCCUGACAGCAACGAAGACAUAAGCUACCUGACCAACCUCCCAGGGGCACCAGAAAAGCUCGAAAUCUUCGCUGCCGAUCUCAAUGAUCCAGAGAGCUUCAAUGGAGUCAUCAGAGGAUGCACCGGAGUCUUCCUCGUCGCUCACCCCGUCAGUUUCGAAGAGAAAGUACCUGAAGAAGUCACAAACCAAAGAGCAGUCAAGGGCACUUUAGGAAUUUUACAGGCCUGCCUUGAUUCAAGGACAGUGAAGAGAGUCAUUUACACUUCUAGUGCAUUUACUGUGAUGUACAAUGACAAGAGUUCAGGCAUAAUUGAUGAAAGAAAUUGGACUGAUGUAGAUUAUGUUAGAAUUCUAAAGCCCUUUGGGGAGUCUUACAUAAUUUCCAAGACUUUAGCUGAAAGGGCAGCCCUGGAAUUCGCAGAGGCUCAUGGUCUGAACCUGGUGAGCUUGAUUCCUCCUAUGAUCAUUGGACCCUUCAUUUGUUCCAGAUGCCCCGGUUCUAUUUAUACAGUGUUGGCGUUGAUUGCUGGUGAAGAGGAUCAAUACAAAAAUCUUCCUGAAACAUCCAUGAUUCAUGUUGAUGAUGUAGCAAGUGCACAUAUCUUCCUCCUGGAGCACGCUAAUCUGACAGGGAGGUACAUUUGUUCACCGCUCGAAGUAACAAUUGAUCAGAUAUCCGAAUUUCUAUCAACCAAAUACCCAGAAUAUCCAGUCCCUAAUGCUGAAUUUUUAAAGGGCAUUGAGGAGUCCAAGUACCCUGGCCUCUCAUCCAAGAAACUAUUGGAUACAGGGUUCAAGUUUAAGUAUGGCUUUGAAGAAAUGUUUAAUGGAGCAAUUCAAUGCUGCAAAGAAAAGGGGUUUACCUAGUUUGUCUCCAGUACUAUUGGGGUUUAUAUUUGAAAAUUUCCCAGUAGUACUAUUUUUUUAAUUUAUUUUUAAAGUUUCCUAAUACUGUGGAAAUGAUAAUGAAUAUGUAGCAGUCUAUGGGACAGUUGGUUGAGAAUUUGACAUUCUAUUAAAGUUGGAUAUGGAAACCAACUCCACAUUUGCCGUUCA